GUGUUAUUUUUUCUGAAGGAGAAGCUAGGAAAAGGCAGCUAGUUCAGUUUUGGCCUUGCUGUGGAGUGAACACUGCCUAACUGCUCCCUUGAGACCCAGCCAGAAGACUUCUCCAUAUGGUUAAAGUAACCCUCUCAGCACUUAGGGACAUAACAGCCCCUUAAGAACUGAGUCAUAGCAUGCUGCCGGGAGAAAUGUCUUCAGCCACUGGCCCAAGCCAAAAAGACUAAGAAAAUAUAGCCUCAAAUCCAAAUACAAACCAGGGGACUGCUCACAUUCAGUUUCAGGGUCCUGGCUGGCCUGGUAACAGAUCUGGUACUGCAAGCUUCAGAACUGAGGACCAAGACCGGAUUUCAUCAGCCAGCAAUGGAAUCUCAGGAGCAGGAGAUUGAAAUCGAGUACCGCGUGGGGCAAAGUUUUGGCAGGUUUUCAUUGCGGCCCUCAAGACCAUAUACUCGCCCAAAGGCUAAGACAUGGGUGGUGUUUAAGAUUUGGGUGAGGGGUUACCCCACUCCAGAGGGUGAUAGCAGGCAGGAUAAGGCUAAAGCAAUUACCAUGCAGGCUUUGGCCGAGGGCCUACAUGAUUUGUGGCGUAAAUUGGAUGGCAAGGACUUUUUGGUGGAAACCCUAACGUCUCACACUUUGUCCGAAGAGGAUAUGAAUUUGACAGGGGAGAGGGGUGGAACUAGCAAAGGGUGGGGAUAUAUAGUAACUAAGGAGUGGAUAGAGGACCCCAGUGGUCCCAGGAUUCGUGACCCAAAUGUAUUACAAUCUGCCUUACAGUCUUUAGUAGAGAGCAUUCAAGAUUUGUGGAAUAGACUAGAUAAAGAGGAGAAAUCCAAGAAGCCAAGUCCUGGGGACUUCAUAGUAGAAAAUGGAUCAUUUUCCAAAGUGAUCCCACGUGACCUAAUGAAAUGGAAAGGGGAGAGGGUGGAAGCCAGCCAAGUGGGGGAAGAAGGAAGAACUAGAGAGUGGAGAGUGGGGAGCAAUUCCAACAGGAUUAGAGGCCUAUGGAUGGAACUAGCUCCCUUUCAGGCUUUAAAAAUGGACACUCAGGAUUGGUGGCAUAGAGUGGUUGAAAAUGAGCAAAGUCCUUGGAAUUCUGUAGUAGAAAUGAGAUUAUUUAACAGUGUUGGUAGAGCUGACCCCAUGAAAUGGACAGGGGAGAGGGUAGGAGCCAACAGAAGUGGGGGAGGUAGAGUUACGAGGGAGCAGAGAGUGGACACCAGUGCUCACAGGAUUUAUGACCCAGAGGUGCAACAACUUGCCGCCGACACAACGGAGAGACCAAGCCUAGGAAAUAGGCCAGUCUCAAAUGAUUCCCCUUUAAAGCCACGCUCCCUGCUGGAAAUUUCCAAAUACAUGGCUAUUAAAUCACUGGAGGGUGUGGCAGGGAGAAUGUUGAAUUUUGAACCACUGAACGGUAUUACAGAGGGAAUUGUCCCACCAGGGUGGGAAGACACCUCCGAAGCCUGGGCCCAUGAUAGUCUGGAUGCUGGCCAGAUGCAGGUGACCCCCAUCCUUAUAGAAGGGGCAUUUCCCCCUAAGCUUAAACAGUACCCUCUUCCUUUAGGGAGUAUUGAGGAAGUGGUUAAGAUGAUAUAUAUCCUGGAGAAUCGAGGAUACAUAAAGCCGAAUAUUUCACCCUCUAAUGCUCCAGUGUGGCCAGUUAAGAAGCCUGAUGGCACAUGGAGCUUCAGUAUUGAUUAUCGGGCCUUGAACAGAGUGACAGCUCCAUUGACUCCAGUGGUAACCACCUAUCAAGAGUUGGUGGAUAAGGUCCCAGGGAGUGCGGCCUGGUUCUCAGUACUGAACAUUAACAAUUGGUUUUUGAGCAUACCACUCAACCCCACGAGCCAGCCUAAGACAGCUUUUACUUGGGGGAAGCAGCAAUACUGCUGGACUAGGCUGCCUCAGGGAUUUCUUAACAAUGUGGCCAUUUUUCAUCAAGCAGUGAGGGAUGUUCUUGCAGAGCUCUACCCCAUGGUGGCCCAAGAUAAGAAUGAGCUCCUCUGCUGGGGGGCUUCUGAGGAGGAGACCCAAAAGGUGACCAGGCUCAUUAUCCAGAAAUUGACCGAUGCGGGUCUCAAGCUUGAUGGACAUAAAGUUCAGUUGGUUCAAAGAGAAGUGUCCUUUUUAGGAAUCAAGGUUGGGCCUUGUGGAUGGAGGCUGGGCCCUAUCAAUGUUUAACAGAUUGAAGCCUUGCAUCCUGCAAUCUACCUGGAAUUGGUUCAACCCUUUAAGGGGCUAGUGGGGUUUAUAAGAGUUCUCUCCUAAUACUGCUGCUUUACAAGCCUUUUAUAGAAAUUGGUUAAAACACAGAAGUUUCACAGGAUGGAUUAUUAUAACAAUAGUAGUGUCAUUAGUAAAGGGUUUACUAAUAGGAGAUGGAGUUUGGCAGAGAAGAGUGGGAUGGAAGCCCUUUUAAAGGCCCUGGUGUAGUGGACCCCAAGAGUGAAUCUCCCAGGCAUCCUUUAAGGAGAGGAAUGAGGCAGGGAGAUGCCUCCCAUCCUUAUUCUCCGAUAGAAUGGACAUUUGGACAGUGCCAAAGGGGAUCACAAGGGGAAUAUACAGGGCCCUUCAGAGGUUUAAACACCUGACUGGAAAGUGUGAUGUGACUGUACAGACACCCCAGGUCACCCUAUAAUCCACCUGGGCCAAGCUGCUCCAGGGAAUCACUCUGGUCUGGGGAGGCAUCUCCAAAGCUGAGAUGGUGAGCUUUGGUACUAUCUAGUACCCAGAUCUGGUACCAUAAAUUAAAGGUGAUGGAUCUAGGGGAUCUGGGUAUUCUCUUGAGAUUUAGAAUCCAUAACUGUGGAGCAGCUAUAUUCUGCCAUUCCUGUCUGGUGAAUGGACUUCAGGGAUCAGGGAAUGAUGUAUGUUUUGCCCAAGAAUUACAAUUAAGAAUGGGGCUCCAAAAGGGGAAACCAUCCUUUUCCCCCAGGAACACUAGACAACUAUUGCCACUGUCAUUUUGGUGGAGGUGCCACAACCCCAAAAUCCUACCCCACCCAAAUAACCCCUUUCGUUGGGAGUCCAUGCUCCCACUCGGGCAGAUCUCUUUCUGGAAUUCAUCUUUCUUCUCUACUGCCUGACCUCUGCACUUGAAUCCAUACCUCUGUACCCCUGAAGUACUCACCCCACCCCCACAGUACUUAUAUAAAUGUCCUUAUAUUGGAUUCCUUCACCUACUGUAAUUUAUUUUAAUGUCUACCUCCUGGAUAGAAUGUAAGUCCCUUGAAAGCAGGGAUUGUGCCUACUUAUUCUAUGUGCUACCUAACCUUUCUCAACCAUAUGCCAACUUGCUUGUUCUCAGGUUUCUUCAAUAAUGGGAUUGUUAGCUCAUUUGCCUGUUUUGAUAUAUAAUAUAUAAGGGGUGGCGGGUAUUGCUGCUGAACUAGUUUGGGUAUUGAUAGAAACACCCCAAGCCACCUCCAAGUCAUGCCAUGCAAUUGUGCAAAUGAACAAGGUUGUAAUUCAGCCCUUCUGGCUAUCAUCUUUAACCAGGUUCCUUCCUAAUGGUUUUCCUCUGAUAAAUAAUACCAGUUGGGGGACAAUGAAGGAAGGAAAAUACAUGCUGAACAGGCAUGAUGCAGCAUUUGGAGACUCUGGUUGAAGGGGAGUUGCAGGAUCCAACAGUCCCUCAAGAACUUUUCACUGACUGUUUCCAGGAGUAUUGGCCUUGGCUCCCAGCAUGAGCCAGGACUGUAACAAAAUAUAACCUUGACUCCAACCACUGGACAAAGCGGUGGUGUUAAUGAGAUAGUUGAACUAGACUUGGAAAUAUGAAAUACAAGUUAACCACAAGUAGGUCUUCAGGAGAGAGGGAGGUGGGAGGAGGGAGACUUCAAGAAAUGGAGGGAGAAACUGGAGAGGUGGUUUGUGUGUCAUUAGGGGAAGAGUGGAUAGGGGAAUGAGAAGAAUGUAAGCACAUAAAAUUAAAAUUAUUAUUAUUUAUUGCUAUUAUUCUCUCUGCAACGUUUCAUAGUGUUGGAAGGGUAAAUAAAGUUUGUUUCUUGACCAUA